AUGUGGACAUCAGAAUUCAUAGUUUUGGAAUUAUGUGAUAAUGAUAGUUUAGCUGGUCGAAUUCUCGGCAUUAAUGGAGGUAAUAUCGGAGAAGAGAAUCGAGGAAUGGGUAGUUCCGGUAGCCUAUUGGAUACAUUAGAGGAUAAUCAUGUUGCCCGUGAUCUGUUGUCUGAUCAUACAUCCGAACUGACGAAUGAACUCGAUCGGGAAUACACCUUAAAUUUGCAAUCAUUACGUUACAUUUUUGUUUCAUUACGAAAUCCACGAUUGCUUGUUCCACACGUUUUUGUCAAUGAUAUUAGGGAGAUUGAUUUUGUGCAACUGAAAAAAGCUGGAGUUCGAGCCGUGGCAUUUGAUAAAGAUAAUACUUUGACAGCUCCUUAUCAAGAUUCAUUGCAUCCACUAUAUGAGAAAGCGUGGGAAUCAUGCAAAGAAAAUUUUGGGUCUGAUAAUAUUGUGAUAGUGUCGAAUUCUGCUGGAACUCCGGAUGACCAGGAUUUUAAAAGUGCAAAUGAAAUUGAACGAACACUAGGUGUCAAAGUCUUAAAACAUAAAUUAAAGAAACCAGGCGGCGGCGAAUCCCUAAUUUCACAUUUUAACAAAGAAAAUACAAACACCAACCAAAAUAACCGCGCGAUCGCUGUCAUCGGAGAUCGUAUUUUCACCGAUGUUCUCUACGGGAACAUGAAUGGGAUGAUGACUAUUCUCGUGAAGAAUGUUGUUACCGAGAAAGGUGAAAAUUAUUUUGCCCGCAAGAUUCGUCGAGUUGAACGUUCCUUACUUGGUUUGUUGAUCUCAUGCGGUGUUCAGCCGUACUGUCCUUUUAUUACUAAGGAUCAACUGAACAACAUAACAUGCAAUUAA